AUGGCCGACGUAAACCUCAAAGAAGUCCAUGACUUCAUGAUCACCAUCGCCAAACAAGCCGGCUCGCGCAUCACCUCCGCAACGCCAACCACACAAGGCUCAGGCUCAAAGAAGAACUCCGUCGACCUAGUAACCGAAACCGACCGCGCAGUCGAAGCCCUCAUCUCCACCUCCCUCUCCACAAAAUACCCAGAUUACGCCUUCAUGGGCGAAGAGACCUACAAGCCCGGCGACACCCUCUCCGCCGACCCCACCUUCAUAUGCGACCCCAUUGACGGGACCACAAACUUCGUCCACCGUUACCCCUACGUCAGCAUCUCUUUGGGGCUCGCCAUAAACCGGGAGCCGGUGGUGGGAGUCGUUUACAACCCGUUUACACAAACGCUGUACUCAGCGAUCAAGGGACAGGGUGCAUACUUGAAUGAGACGACGAGACUGCCGUUGAGCGAGCCGACGAAGUUGGAUGGCUUGAGCAGCUGUUUGGUAGCGGUGGAGUGGGGGAGUGAUAGGAGUGGGAAUGAUUUCAAGGUCAAAUCCGAAACCUUCAAGAAACUCGCUGCUACAAAGGAGAAUGGAGGGGGUAUGGUGCAUGGACUGCGGUCAUUUGGUUCUGCGGCGCUCAAUCUGUGUGGUGUGGCGAGUGGUGGGUUGGACGUUUACUGGGAGGCUGGGUGUUGGGCGUGGGAUGUUUGUGCCGGAUGGGUCAUUCUGAAAGAGGCGGGCGGUAUUAUGGUGGAUGCGAAUCCGGGGAAUUGGAAACCGAAGGUGGAGGGGCAGAGGUAUAUGGCGGUUAGAGGAGGAGAGGGGCAGAAGGAGAUCGUUGAGGAAUUCUGGGGGUUGGUUGAGGGAGCUUUUGAGGUUGGCGCAACGCGCGGCCUUGGUGCGAGCAUCGUACAAAAAUACGCAGCAGACGCGAACAACCAUGUCCUAGCGACCGCGAGGGCGUCAGAGCCUCCAGAGAACACAAACAACAUAACAUACAUCCCCAACGUCGAUCUCGAAUCCCCCCACGUCGGCAGCGAUCUCGUCCACUUUCUUGAAUCAAACCACAUACCACACCUAGACAUCGUCAUCAUAACAGCCGGAUACUUUAAGACAGAAUCGCUUAAGGAGCCCUCGUUCUCCGCGCAACAGCGCAUGUACACCAUUUGCGCCAUCGGCCCCACCAUACUCGUCACCGCCCUUGCAAACUACAACAGCACCCUCCUCUCUUCGGCAUCCAAGAUUGUCUUCGUCUCAUCCGAAAGCGGCAGUAUAACGCUCCGGCACGAGUCUGAAGGCGGCGGCAACUACGGUCACCAUGCUAGCAAGGCAGCACUCAACAUGUGCAUGAAGUUGUUGAGCAUAGAUUUGAGGGAUAGGGGCAUUGCGGUUGUCUCUGUUCAUCCGGGCUUCAUGCGGACGGAAAUGACUCGUAAUGUGGGCUUUGAUAAGUUCUGGGAUGAAGGAGGGGCGGUUGAACCUGAGGUUGCUGCGGAGAGCCUGGUGGAGUGGAUUGAGACGUUUGAUAUUAGUCAUACUGGACAGUACUGGGCGCCGAGGGGACCUGGUGAUAUUGGUACUGCUGAACCCGUGUUGGGGCCGAAGAGCAAGCUGUCUACUCCUCUCCAGCUGCCUUGGUGA